UCUAAUGUUACAUAUUGUACCACAAUAAAAGAAAAUCCUGCCAGACCAAUACAGUAACCACCUUCCUUCUCAGAGGUUCUGAGGGGAAGUAAGAGCUACAAAACAUUUUUAUUCUAGCAAUUUAAAAAUAUCCUGUCCCAUAUAUCAUAUUUACAACAAACAAAAAGCUCUGGAGAAUAUAAUGUUCAGAAGAGUGUACCCAGAAAUAAUUAGAAUGUUAGAUACAGCCCAAUGAGUCAAAUAUUUAGUGUAAACAAAGCCGCAGGACAACACUUAUGGGGAGAAUGAAAACUAACUCUUCUUCAUUUCAAAUGGCAACAAAAAAAGGGAAAUAACACUAAACUGCACGGCCAGCAGUUACAUAGAUGGACAGAUAGUGGUUAAAUUUUGGACUAGCAUCAAAACCAAAACUGCAGAAUCCCAUCAUUAUUUUGCUUAAAAUACAGGUGAUGUUUUAAUUUGCUUGGGAGAGUUUAUCAUAGUGAUAAAAAGGGGAGACCACCAUCAGAAAUCUCAUCUAGUCCUAAUAACACAAGACUGUUUUAGCAAAGGUCUUAAAGGAAUACAUGGAAAUAUGCUAAAAUAAUGUACAAAUGAAGUAAAACUUAAAAAAGAGUAAAAUAAUUCAUCACUAAUGUUAUUAUAAUUCAAUAAAGGAAUGCCACUUUAUCUGAAUAACUUAAUUUCUAAAACAAAUCCAAAAAGAAACAGAAAUUCAGUGCUUGUGCUUUGAAAGUCCAUAUAGCAUAUGAUGUAUCAUUUCUUACAAAAAAUAGAAAAUACAUAUUUCUGCUUAGAAUUUAUAAAGCUUUUAAAUUUUGGGUGGGGGAGGAAAACUUUCCACAGUUAUCAAGUUGGAAGGUAUUCAUAAAAAAGAUAUAAAUAAUUUCCUAAAGUUCAGUGUUGCUUGAGCUUAAAGUUGUUCCAUGGUGGCAGGGCUUUUUAAUAUUUUCAAAAGGAAUCUGAGAGUUGUCAUAAUGAAAAAAGAAACAAAAAAAAGAAGGGGGAAAAAAAACCCCUACCACCACAUGUGAACAUAAAAAAGAAGAGAACCCCAACCAAUUGCACCACGACCGGAUGGAAGAGCCCAGCUGACACAACCAAGACGAGUCUCAGUGUCUAGGGAAGCUUAGGGUUCAGCUCCUUUUACUUCAGGCGAACCUGAACUCAGUUAAUGCAAUUUUGAAGCAUGCCCUGAAUAGAUUCAGUCAUUAUCAAGUCAAACUAAAAACGGUGAAAGGUUGCGACUAUUACCAAAUAGAUUAGAGCUGAGGCAAAUGGUUUCAGGAUAUGUGCUUUGUGCUAACAGCUUUCUGGAGACAUCCUGAUUAUGGCUAUCGGGUCUAGAAGAAAAAUCUGAAGACAUGAGAACUACACAUGAGGAAUAUGUCAUUUAGCACUUUCACUUUUUGAUCUCCACAGAAGACAAUGAGAAGUCACACCAUAACAAUGACGACAACUUCAGUCAGCAGCUGGCCUUACUCCUCCCACAGAAUGCGCUUUAUAACCAGUCAUAGCGACCAACCGCCACAAAACUUCUCAGGAACACCAAAUGUUACUACCUGUCCCAUGGAUGAAAAAUUACUAUCUACUGUGUUAACAACAUCUUACUCUGUUAUUUUCAUUGUGGGACUGGUUGGGAACAUAAUCGCCCUCUAUGUAUUUCUGGGUAUUCACCGCAAAAGAAAUUCCAUUCAAAUUUAUCUACUUAAUGUAGUCAUUGCAGACCUCCUACUCAUCUUCUGCCUCCCUUUCCGAAUAAUGUAUCACAUUAACCAAAACAAGUGGACACUAGGUGUGAUUCUGUGCAAGGUUGUGGGAACACUAUUUUAUAUGAACAUGUACAUUAGCAUUAUUUUGCUUGGAUUCAUCAGUUUGGAUCGCUAUAUAAAAAUUAAUCGGUCUAUACAGCAACGGAAGGCAAUAACAACCAAACAAAGUAUUUAUGUCUGUUGUAUAGUAUGGAUGCUUGCUCUUGGUGGAUUCCUAACUAUGAUUAUUUUAACACUUAAGAAAGGGGGGCAUAAUUCCACAAUGUGUUUCCAUUAUAGAGAUAAGCAUAAUGCAAAAGGAGAAGCCAUUUUUAACUUCAUUCUUGUGGUAAUGUUCUGGCUAAUUUUCUUACUAAUAAUCCUUUCAUAUAUUAAGAUUGGGAAGAAUCUAUUGAGGAUUUCUAAAAGGAGGUCAAAAUUUCCUAAUUCUGGUAAAUAUGCCACUACAGCCCGGAACUCCUUUAUUGUACUUAUCAUUUUUACUAUAUGUUUUGUUCCCUAUCAUGCCUUUCGAUUCAUCUACAUUUCUUCACAGCUAAAUGUAUCGUCUUGCUACUGGAAAGAAAUUGUUCACAAAACCAAUGAGAUCAUGCUGGUUCUCUCAUCUUUCAAUAGUUGCUUAGAUCCAGUCAUGUAUUUCCUGAUGUCCAGUAACAUUCGCAAAAUAAUGUGCCAACUUCUUUUUAGACGAUUUCAAGGUGAACCAAGUAGGAGUGAAAGCACUUCAGAAUUUAAACCAGGAUACUCCCUGCAUGAUACAUCUGUGGCAGCAAAAAUACAGUCUAGUUCUAAAAGUACUUGAGAUAAACAUACUAAAAUGAAUUAUAUAAUACAGCCUCUUAAUUCUUUGAAGAACUAAAAAAAUUAGGAAACAAAGUUCUAGCAUUUACAAAAGUCAGAUCUCAAAGUUGUGCUUGUAACUGUGAUAUUUCAUUUGCUUAACUGUAAACCAUUUCAAGUUACUAUCUUUUAAAUCUCUAUGUAAAAUCUUUUCAAAAUACAUUUUUAAGCUAAUACUCUUAACAUAGAUUAUGAAGUUAGUGAAAUUUAUGACUUUAACAGCAAAAUAAUUAAAGUGCCAUCGUUUCUCAUGUCACUAAAGUAGUUAUUAAAAUCAAGCACUUGAUACUAAUUUAAAGUGUGUUUAAAAGUAAAUGAUUUGGGAACUGACAAUGUGUCAGAAAAUAUAUGUUCACUUAUCAUUUUAAAAUCUUGUAUAAUUUGCCACUGUGUUCAUUUAUGCCUAAAUCUCUAUAAUAGAUGAGAAGAUAAUUAAUAAAAUCCUAAUUAAAAAAUGAGA